AUGGAAAUUGCUAGAAAUGAAUCAGGUCGUUCAGGAUCAGUUGAUGGAAUGGAUACUGAAAGAAGUACUGAAGGAGGAAGUACAUCUAGUGAUAAGAGUGAAGAAGGAGGAGGUGGAGGAUCUUCAAAAUUUUCUUUUUCACCUGAAAAAAUACUUAAAAGUUUUAUCAAAUAAUAAUUCAUGUUUUACACACAUUUUUGUUUAUUCACAAAAAUUGUUUUAUUGUUGCGUUUAUCUAUUUUAAUGUUUUAGGUUUUGCUCUCUAUUUCUUUUUUAAUUCGUUUAUUGUUUUGAUCAAAAUAUUUUUUAAACGGAUUUUUGUUAUUUUUUGUUAGAAUCAAAAAAUUAUCCAAAAAAAUAAAUUCUAUUUUAGAGGGAAAAAUAUAUUGGGUUUUAAAUGACGUUUUUAAAGCCUUCCGGAAGAUUAUC